AUGAGUCGGACCUCGACCAGAAGUCUUACCACAACGACAAGCUUUACGUUGAGUACCACGAGCAGCACAGACUCCACCACAACCCAGAACAUCACCACGUCUUCCACGACCUCCGCAACAACGACAGAGAUACCCUGGUGCUCACGUGGAAACCGAGCUCAGACUGACACCUGGUGCCCAAGCGGGGUGACGCUGGAGACCGAGCUGCCAGUCUACGUUGAUGCUGAGCUUGCAGACGAGCAGGGCGUUCUGCUUUUCGGCGUGUUUGGAGUGCAGCUCUCCAUGCAGGGUAGCUCUGCUUUGACAGUGGGACUCCCUGCUCCUGGCCAGCUGACCCUCCUGAGUAGAGAGCGGAGCCUCGUGUUCCUGCAUGCCAUGGCUCUGAUCUAUGCCAGUUGGAUCGACUCUUGGGUGGAGGCACACGAGCUCUCGAAUGCAAGCUCUGUUUUGAGACACUGGGCGCCGGAGCCAUCGACCUUGACCACCAGCAGCACGACGUUUACCCGCACCUUCUCCACGGCCACCACGAGCACCACCACCAGGCCGGUGGUACCUUACCCUCAGCCUCAGGCUUCGGCCUCCGGGGCUGUCCUAUCGACCUUGGAAGUCGUCUUCUCGGAUCCCCUGGAGCUCUUGACCCGAGCCUUGCAAAUGGAUCUGGAGAACAACGGCCUUCCAAGGCUCACCGACAGCUCUGGAUCCCUGGCGACCCGUGGGAUGGCGACCUCGUCGCUGCUGCACAGCUGGUGUGAGGUGCCUGCGCUUGCCCCUACCCAGCGCCUGGCUGCCGUGCUGGCUGCUCUCGAGCCUGCCGUGCUGAACUUGAAUGAUACGAUCAGACCGCUUCACACGGUGCUGGCUGCCUUGAAGGAGGGCCUCCCAUCAGAGUGGGAUGCAAGCUACUGGAGCAGUGCACCCGGUGGGCCCGAUUGGGAACCGCCACUUCCAACUGCCACCUCCACGACUUGGACCAGCACAUCGACCAUCGACGUGGAGUCUCUACUCUGUCCGGACGUGGAGUGCUUACCGCCUGCUGACUGCGGCCUGGAUCCUUUGAUGGACUUGGAGUGCGUGGCCUGGUCGGCGCCCUUGCGGCGGUUUGUGCCGGCCUUGGGCUGUGAACUCGUGGCCCAGCCAGGCCGUCAGUGGCCCAUUGUCCAGCAAGGUCACUUGGAGGUCAUUUGCGAAUGUGAAGCUUGGGCGCUGCACCCUGCUAUGGCCGUGGCUUCCAAGCUGCCAGCCCUGACGCCGUUCCCGCCACAAGUGCAGAUCCAGACACGGGAAGUGGCCGUCUUCUGGUUGGACAAGGCCCACAGCUACAAUUUGCGCGGCCUUUUCGUUCCUCCGGUGCUGCUGCUGUUCGCGGCACUUCACCUUCUGCUGGCCAUCUACGCUGAGGUCCGCUGGCGCUCGCAAGCGCGGUGGGUGGCAAUGCGCACCAUGCGAGCAAAGGGCGUCCAGGUUGAGGUGCAACAGCUCGAUGCUGAGGAGAAGGAGUUCAUCCGACGCCGCGCCGCGGAGAUCCGAGCCACAGGCGAGUUCAGCGCCGCCAUCUGCGCCGCCGAGGCGCAGGAGAUCGUACGACGGGCAGAAGGCCUGCCACAUGCGUCCACCUCGGCAGCAGCACGGCUCGACAUCCGACAGGCCAAGGAUGGCCUGGCCACGCUCUUCCAGGCGCAUGGCCUGGGAGACGUCGAAGACGACGAGGUUCGGAGGCCACCGCCGGCUCUCAUGGGCCCAGGCGGCCUCCAGCCGCUACCGGGCACCACGGUGGUGACCUCCUCAUUGUCGAAAGCCACCCCGUCAUUGCUCACGCCCAGCGCGCGGAUACCGAGUGCCACAGGAUCGCCCAUGCAAGGGCUCUCGCUACGCGAUGCCCCGCUCCGCGAUGCUGCUCAAGAGGUGGGAUUCCGCCCGGAGGAGGCAAUGAUCUCCUCCAAGCCGCCGACAAAGCCGAGGCGGGGGCUCCGUGGCUUGAUCGUCGACGGGGUUCGGAGGUGCAGGCGAAAGCACAUCUGGCGAGCCUGCCUCGCACACCACAAGAUCCUCUUUCUGUCUGACGACUCACAGACCUUUAUCUUCAGUGCACCAGAGCGAGCUGCGAUGUUGCAUGCGAGCCUGUGGAUCAACGCGGUGUGGCUGUCUGUGGUGCUGGGUGGCUUCGAGCAUCGUCGACCUUUCCAGGAACCCGCCUGCCUUCGAGAUGCUAAUGAGUUUCGCCUUGCAGAAGUUGGAUGCCUCUUUGAGUCUACCUCCGUGGGCCUCGCGGUGCUGGCAGCAGCGCUCACUCCUCCUGUGGCCGGAGCUCUGCAAACAUUCUGUCGGGGCCGGAGUUUCGUCGUGAGAGCGAAGGACCUCAGUGUCGAGGAUCGUGACAGAGCCUUCACGCGCCACUUUCUAGGUCCAUGGCCAUCUGUACUGAUGGCGCCAGCAGAAGCCAAGGUGCGCGUGUGGAAUGUCUUCUGCAACAUUUGCCGCCUUUGCUGCCCCCGCGGGUGCCCGCGGCCACGGCGGCGGAAGCUGCUCCCGCUACACUGGUGGCCGUCCCUGGUGCUCCCCAUCCUAGUGCUGCUUAUUUGCCUCGUGGCGUGGAGACUGUGUUUCUACAUGUUCCACUUCUCCACCUCGAUAUACAUGUGGGAAACCACUCAGACGGAUCAACCCGGGCGCAUUGAGAUCCAGCUCCCUCCGGAUGAGCAGGCGGAGGCCUCUGCAGCCAGUGCCGAUGAGAGUUGGCAGCUACGGCUGGUCUUAGUGCCAGAGAUGCAGCGCUACAUCGUACUGCUGGCGAUUAGUUGGUUGUUGAACCUGGUGCUUUUCGAGCCGCUGAUGCUGAUUCUGCACUUGUUUGUCGGAGAGCCCUCUGUGGAUGAGUGUUUGUGGCCUGUGCUGCCGAUUAUACUGCUAGUGCCACGGGCGAUCAGUUUCUGUUGCAGUGUGCUGGGCUCGUGCCUGCAGCGCUUCUGGCCAGAGAGGUUGGUCCUGAAGGUGAGAGGCCUCUGUGUGCCUCGCAGCAUCAGGGGCUGGUGCCGUUGCCGAAGCUGCAAAUGGUGCCGCUGCAAGCGGACCGAAGUAGAACCAAUCUCGCCGCCGGACUUGACAGAGACGAUCGAGUCCGAGGACGAAGACGAGGCCUCAAAGAAGGACAAGAAAGGCAAGAAGCACAAAAAGGCGGAGCGCGCCGAGAAAGCAAAGAAAGAAAGCAAGGACCAGGCAAAGACUACAUAG